CAGUCAGAAGAACUCAGGAACAUGGCUUCAUCCUUCCUCUGCUUCACCCUCCUCUUCUUCACCAUCUAUACUGCAGAUAGCUUCAUGGAAUAUGUGACGAGUUACUGUGAAUUUAACUCCACCGAACUAAAGGACAUCGAGUACGUCUACUCUCACUACUACAACAAGGUGGAGUACGUCAGGUUCAGCAGCAGUGUGGGGGAGUAUGUUGGACUCACUGCGUAUGGAAUAAAGCUGGCAGAGAGCUGGAACAAUGAUACUGUCGAACUCAAUUCAACGAGAGCUAGGAGGGAGAAACUCUGCCAACCCAACAUUAAGAUCUGGUACAGCAACAUUCUGACUAAAUCAGUUCGGCCCACUGUCAGACUUCAAUCCCUGGUGCCUCCUUCUGGUCACCAUCCUGCCAUGUUGGUCUGCAGCGUCUACAACUUCUACCCCAGUGAGAUCAAAGUGAGCUGGCUCAGAGAUGGACAGGAAAUCACCGCUGAUGUGAAUUCCACUGAGGAGAUGCCAAACGGUGAUUGGUACUACCAGACCCACUCUCAGCUGGUGUACACGCCCAGGUCUGGAGAGAAGAUCUCCUGUGUGGUGGAGCACGCCAGCCUGAAGGAACCUCUGAUUACUGACUGGGAUCCAUCCUCAGACCCAUCAGAAUCAUCAUCUGAAUCAAAGACACAGAUCGCCGUUGGAGCCUCAAUACUGACCCUGGGUCUGAUCUUCUGUUUGGCUGGAUUCUUCUAUUAUAGGUGGAAAGGCCGAGGUCAGGUCAGGACUUACAGACCAGUUCAUACCUCACUAAAACCAGUUUACACACAUAUAAACCGUUUGCUUUCUCGAUUCACUUUCCAUCUUCAGAGCAGUUUCAGAGCAGGUCUAUCAGAGUCCAUCCUCUCAAACUGA